AUGUAUGAGGCGAUACCGACGAUAACUAAGAACGAUGCUAUCAACAACGAUACGCAUCUGGAACAACGAAAACGACAGGAUGCUUCAGGAGAUAUGACUUCUUUCUCAUCUCCAGCAGCAUCCUCACCGACACCUCAUCAACAAAGAACGUAUGCGAUCGGUUCAAGAGGACAACCGUUAUCAGCUGACAGUCCCUUUAAUGCUCUCACCAGCGGUAUCAAUACCAACAGCAACAGCUACCAACCAAUAGCUAGCACGCAACAACUUCUCGAGAAAGUUUAUCGAUUAUGUGAAGAGAAUUUAUCAGCAUACAAUCCUAAUAUUGUGUGUACGGCUAGAUCGAAUCCCUAUUAUGGUGCUUUAUUUGAAUUACUUUGCGAAAAGAAGAAGCAAAUGUCUUUGCUUACCGACGAACGAUACAGUAGAAUCGAGGAACAACAACGAUACUGUAUGGCGAGGAUCGAUAAAAUGUUGGAAAAAUGUAUGAUGGUUGGUCACAAACAACAAUAUCAGCACCAACAAAUGAUAACAACUGAUGAUAAUGAGGACGAAUAUGAUGAGAAUGAAGAUGAUAAUGACGACAAUUAUAAAGAGAAAGAUGAUCAUGGUGACAUGAGAAUAGAAAGAAAGUGUGAGAAGUUAUUAGCUGAAUAUCGUUCCGAUUUCUACCAUUUCAAUCAGCGACUCGAAGAGCUCUCUAAUCAUCGUUUAAUUUUUCAGAAAUCCAUGGAACUGAGUUAUCGGUUACGCAAAAUUCUACAGCAUCAACGAUGUUUUCGACCGAUCACAGAAGCGGAUAUUGAAAAAUGUCUGAAACAAAUAGAUUCAAAAUUGAGUACAACGAGGGAUCAACUCAAACAAAUCACAUGUCAGAAUGUUAUGAUGUUGCGCUGCAGGUAUCUUGACUUGAGUCGGGGCCAUGAUGAACAUGACGAGCACCUGAAAGUGUCCGAAGUAACGUUGCCAAUUGUCGUAAGGUAUCUCAUCGGACUACCCAAGUUUCCACUCACCGGUUGCCUCAAGGUUUCGAACUGGUUUGGUAACAAGCGAAUACGCUUCAAGAAAGCUCAGCCGCAUCCUUGCACCAUUGCUAAAUCAUCACGUUGCUUGCCGGCUCAAUACCAAAAACAACGCAAAAUGAAUCCAUUCCCUCAUCACGAUUUGUUUUUGCGCAAUAACGAAGAUAUAACUGCUGCCGCAGCAACUGCUACUGGUGUAAAUGGAGAUAAUGACGGGCGAUUAGCAAUAAUAAGACAACAAGUAGGAUAUCAGUUGGAUUCUUCAUUACAAGCUUCGACAAGCAAUCAAAACGGAACAAGAACUGAAACAACGGCAAAUCACCACUGCAUCGAUAGCGGGCAUGCUGAGACGCGAAAUUCGACGACAAUGAAUAGUGGUGUUGGCUUUGAAGGAGAUGAUCGUGCUAAACUGUUUGCAAAUGAGCAACAAUACUAUUUCGACCAAGCGCCUGAAUUUGAUCCGGCAAAUCUGAUCGACGAGAUUGGCGAGAAUCUUUUGAUGUUGAUGAUACGCUGGGUGCUGGCUGGUUGGCUGAUACGUGCGUACAAAGGAUUAGUGAAAAAAGCGAAGAGCAGUGCAGCUGAUCAUACAGUUUAA